CAUAUUCAUUUUUAAUUCAGUUUAAGUGAGGGAAGGCUUAAUUAGUUGUUUUACUUUUUAGACUCUGAACUUCCAUUAGCUGUUUUCUUUUUCAAUGCGAUGGAAAAGGAAGAAGAACCCAAGUUUGCUUCUUUCCCCAAUCUUGAACUCGACUCCCAUGGAGUUUGAGUCGGAAUGAGAAAAGCGUAUCUGAUGGGACAGAUGAAGCAAAAAGCGCCAAAUCUGGGUGCCACUCUUUGGAGAAUGCGGCUCCGCAAAAUCAGCGCUACACUACGCUUGUUCCAAGGGCACUCUACCAGCAACAUGCAAGGGAAAGAUCUUCACCGUUAGCCGUUUCUUCCGCCGUGAAUGACCGGCUUCAGCCACCGCAAAACCUUGCCAAUCUUCAGACCCCGUUGACACAGCAGCAGCAAGUUGUAUUCUCCUUGCAACCCUUUUGGGUACAGCCGCACCCGAGCAUUGCCCAACCUCAAUGUUACCCUGUUGGAUAUCCAACAUACCCUGGCUUUCCAGGUUCCUGAGAUGCCUCAACAUGGGGAGCUCAAACACAACCAUUACUGUUUCCUGGGAUGUCCAAUUGUUCAAGAGCAUCAUAUGGUUUUGUCUCUUCUAAAUUUUGGUCUAUGCCAGCUUCUAAUUGUAUUACAUCUUCCUCUGUACAACCCCUUUCAAGAGGAGUCAUCGAGCCCCUUGAAAAGCUUUCUAAGACUCAUCAAAGACUCUGGGAAGCACAGUCUACAGAAAAUGUUCAAAUGUGGAAUAUGAUUGGGCAGCUGCGAGAGGAAUUAGCCGAGUGUAAGGGCAGAUUGAUCAAACUUGAAGCUGAAAUUUCAUCUUUCAGGUCAGCAGCAGCUACGGAUGAGGCUGCCGUGGGAGUUGGAAAUGGUGCCAUUAUGGUGAAGCGGAGGAGGUCGAAACGAGCAGUAGCCCCAGUUUGUUCACAACAUUCAUUGCAAACUCGGACUCGGAUACGAAAGCCAAGAAUGGGAAGAACAAAACCAAAUGUUCUUGAAAAAGAAAGCUUGAAUAAGGUGGAUGAUAAACAACAAUCUACACCAAUGGAAAUGUUAGCAGUCGAGGAACAACAAGGCGGAGCUUGAAACACAAAAUGGCUCUUCCUGAUGUGGAAAGCAAGUUCUAAAUGAUGAAAUGUUGUUCGUUCUUCCUUCAAGAACAAGCAAUUCCCAAAUGAAACUGCCUGUGAAUAUGAUAACACGGUAUGAGGAGUUGUUAUCUGGCACUGCAUGUGAGUAUGAUGUCAUCAAUAAUUGGUCA